GCAAGAUGGAGGUUCAGUUCUAGCCAGAUCUCUGAAGAAUGUGCUCUUCUACUGUAGUUAAUACAGAGAUUUUUCCAUAUCAGGAAGAGGAGGUUCUGACCUACAUUGUGGUUUAACUGUAUGUCAGUCUGAUGCUCAGACAGUCAGCAGCAAGACAUCAUGGAGGUUACAGCUCUCUGCAUCAGACUGAUGCUGGGUGUGUUGGUCCUGCUGGUUGCACAAGUUCACCACAGUUACUUUGCUCAGAAAGCUGAUGCAGCUUUUCCUCGUAUUGUUCCUGACAGACUGCAGUUCAUUGAAUAUGAGACUGUCUCUGUACAUUGUGAGGAGAAUGAUGGCUUCACUAGAUGGAGAGUGAAGACGAAGCUCAACAAAAUCCCUCCAACAAACUCUGACUGCAACACAUCAGCUCCAUCCUGCACCAUUAAUCCUACCUUUGAAAGACACAGUGGAGAAUAUUGGUGUGAAGAUGAAGAGGGAGAAAAAAGUGAUGCUGUAAAUAUCUCUGUCACUGCUGACUCUGUGAUCCUGGUGAGUCCUACCCAUCCUGUGUUGGAGGGAGAUGAUGUGAUUCUGUAUUGUAAAAACAAGAAAACUCAGACACAACACAUAGCGGAUUUCUACAAAGAUGGCUCCCGUCUCGGGACCGGCUAUACGGCCAACAUGACCAUCCAAAAUGUUUCCAAGUCUGAUGAAGGACUCUACAAGUGCAGCAUCUCUGAAGCUGGAGAAUCACCAGAGAGCUGGCUGAAGAUUUCAAAACAAACAUCUUAUGAAAAGACUACCAACAGUCCCCAAAGUCCUGCCAGUUCUCAAAGUUCCAACAGUCGCUCCCCUCACCUCCUCACCCUGCUGUUGAUCGUUGUCGGUGCUUUAUUGGUGGCUCUGCUGUGGUUGGUGGUGGGACUACUUCUCUGUAGGAAACACAAAGGAUCACACUCAGUCUCAGGAGAGAACACUGUAGUAGAUCCACUCUACGCAGAAGUCUCAGGAAGUAACAAUGUCGCUGAUCCAGACAUGACAUAUGCUGUUGUCAAAAUGAAGGAGAAAGAGCCAAAGGUGUCCAGAGCAGACACCAAUCCACGUUUACAGGAAGAGAGUGCCUAUUCUUUAUUGCAGGCCACUGACACCUGACUGAAGGACUGAGGAGACGUCUCUUCAAAGCUUCUGUGGUUUAGUUUCAGGAGGUCAUACAGUUUUGUACAAUAGUCUAAGAAGUAUUAUGUUGUAGUACUGCACAGUAGUACUGCAAAGUUCUUAGUUUCAGUUCUCUAAAAAACAAUCAGAAAACAUCAGGCUUUAGUGUCAGUUCCUCAGACUUAAAGAAUAAGGUCUUCUUUCUAAAGCAGCCACAAUCACAGAAGGAAAAAUCCACCAAAGGAGGAAACACAGAGAGAAGUUUCUACAUCUACAAGUUGAAAGUUAUACAUAGUGUGGAUUGUAAAAAACUAUUUUUUUGCCAUAACCAAAGAAGUGGACAAUGCAGGCUGAGGGAAGGUGGAUAAAACACUCACUAAGACAGAAAAGCAUUGAAGUUUCUCAUGAAGUUCUGCUGAUGUUGUAUAAUCUUUGUUAUGAGUUGAUGGUUCAUAGAUGUUUCUAUUCAGUGUCAGACACACUCGCUGAAUAAGAAAAUAUUUGUACUUUGAUUGUCUUAAGAACAGAAACAGUUUAAUAAAGUGAACUGUUUGCAUAUAUUAUACAUUUAAGAGCAUUAUUUUGACUCAUUAUGACAGACAGUAGAGCUUAUUAUAUGGGAAAUAUAAUAAACAGCAGUUUAUGUACAUUUAUGGACACUGUAAACAUUCAUAAUCACUGGCAGUUGACCUUCUGUUAGCAUUUUUAAAAAGGUCGUUGUGGUUUAUCUGGAGUCUUUCGCUCAGUCACAUUAUCAGUGUCUAUUUUUAAGAGUGAGCAGUUUAUUAGAGUGAAACAGUUAAACCAACAUGUUCACACGUCUGAAGAGGCUGUUUACAAGAACAGAGCUGCUGCUGCAGGUUAUAAAUACACUCACUGUGGUCGACUACCAACAUGAUGCUGUUACAUCGGUUUGAGCUGAAGCAGAUACACUCAGUUUACACCACGUAUAGUGCAGCACAGUAAACCACUGACAUACUACACAUGUUCUCUUUGGGGCCCAGUCACAUGAGAGACUUCACACCACAUGAAGAUCAUUUGGGGAACAUGAGUUCAACUUAAGUGAGCAUGACUGUAUCAAGACUGACCCUGGAACUUCAUAUGAUCCUAGUUAGAAAAUUGGAUCAUAUGAUCAUAAAAUCUAAAGCACUGUAAUGGUCACUUCUAAUUUGUAUUAAAUGUGUUAAAUUGAUGGAUUUCUG